AUGGACAAUGCGGACGUCGAGGCCGGCGGAGACGACGAGUUCCAAGGCCGGAGAGGCCGCAAGUACCGCCCCGUGGUCGACGACGACGAUCGCGCCGUGCUUGAGAUGUCGUCCAUGGAUCCUUCGUCGUCUUCUUCUUCUUCGUCUCAUCCCGCUCAAUCGUCGCUCAAGAAAAUAAAAGUGAGCUCUGAAGAAAACCUUGCCUCUAACAUUAAUGAAGGGCCCUCUGCUAGUCAUGUGCAAUCCAACGGCCCCCAGACAGAAUCCAAAUUGGAACUCUUUGGCUUUGAUUCUCUUGUCAAUAUUCUCGGUCUUAAGAGUAUGACAGAUGAGCAAGCGGCAGUACCGUCGAGUCCUAGAGAUGGUGAAACUAUUGCUAUCACUCAGGGGAUACCGAAGAUAACUGCCAUCAAAUCGGGUACAUUGAUGGGUGUAUUUGUCCCAUGCCUGCAAAACAUAUUGGGAAUUAUAUACUACAUCCGUUUUUCUUGGAUUGUUGGUAUGGCUGGCAUAGCUGAUUCACUGUUGUUGGUUACAUUAUGUGGCACAUGUACUUUCCUGACUGGAAUAUCAUUGAGUGCCAUUGCAACCAAUGGUGCUAUGAAGGGAGGUGGACCAUACUAUCUAAUUGGUCGUGCGCUUGGUCCAGAAGUUGGAGUUAGCAUUGGGUUAUGUUUCUUUCUAGGAAAUGCUGUUGCUGGAUCUCUUUAUGUCUUGGGAGCUGUGGAAACCUUCUUGAAAGCUGUCCCAGGCGCUGGGUUUUUCACUGUAACAACAACGGUUAACGGCAUGAAAGUUCAAAGUGCGAGUUUGCAUGAUUUGCAAAUCUAUGGGAUAAUUGUGACCAUCCUUUUAUGCUUUAUUGUGUUUGGGGGAGUGAAAAUAAUUAAUAAGGUUGCACCCGCAUUCCUCAUACCUGUUUUAUUGUCGAUGCUCUGCAUCUACAUUGGGAUUGCUCGGGCGAAGAAGAAUGACCCAACAGAGGGACUCACGGGAUUUAGUUUGGAUACAUUCAAAGAUAAUUGGAACUCGCAGUAUCAGAAGACAAAUGACGCUGGCAUUCCUGAUCCUGAUGGAAAAGUCCCCUGGGACUUCAAUGCAAUGGUCGGUCUCUUUUUCCCUGCCGUGACGGGAAUUAUGGCAGGCUCAAAUCGAUCAGCCUCACUGAAAGACACUCAGCGGUCCAUUCCUAUUGGAACAUUGGCUGCAACUCUUACAACUACUUUUAUGUAUUUGAUCUCCGUGUUAUUGUUUGGAGCCAUUGCCACCAGACAUUUGCUUUUGACCGACAGGCUACUUUCGGCUACAAUAUCUUGGCCUUACCCAGCAUUCAUUUACGUAGGAAUAAUUCUUUCAACCUUAGGUGCUGCUCUUCAAAGCCUGACUGGUGCUCCCCGUCUGCUUGCAGCAAUAGCCAAUGAUGAUAUCUUACCUGUUCUUAACUACUUCAAGGUUGCAGAUGGGAGUGAACCUCACUUCGCUACCUUAUUUACCGCAUUCCUUUGUAUUGCGUGUGUUAUAAUUGGGAAUCUGGAUCUUAUCACACCAACUAUAACUAUGUUUUUCCUUCUGUGUUAUGCGGGUGUGAACUUAUCUUGCUUCCUUCUGGAUCUCCUAGAUGCUCCCAGCUGGCGUCCUAGGUGGAAAUUCCACCAUUGGAGCCUCUCUCUUCUUGGAGCUACACUAUGUAUAGUUAUCAUGUUCUUGAUCUCUUGGGCAUUUACCGUAGUGUCUCUAGCCCUUGCAAGCCUUAUAUAUUAUUAUGUGAGCAUCAAAGGAAAGGCUGGGGACUGGGGUGAUGGUUUCAAGAGUGCAUAUUUUCAGCUAGCUCUCCGAAGUCUUCGAUCGCUGGGAGCAAACCAAGUGCACCCAAAGAAUUGGUAUCCCAUCCCCCUGAUAUUCUGCCGGCCUUGGGGGAAGCUGCCAGAGAAUGUUCCCUGCCAUCCUAAACUUGCCGACUUCGCCAACUGUAUGAAGAAGAAGGGCAGGGGAAUGUCUAUCUUUGUGUCUAUCCUAGACGGUGAUUACCCUGAAUGUGUUGAAGAUGCCAAGGCUGCCUGCAAGCAGCUUGAUGCUUACAUUGAGUACAAGCACUGUGAAGGUGUAGCUGAGAUUGUUGUCGCCCCCAGUAUGUCUGAAGGUUUUCGCGGCAUUGUCCAAACAAUGGGUCUUGGCAAUCUCAAGCCAAACAUUGUGGUAAUGCGGUAUCCUGAAAUAUGGCGUCGUGAAAACUUAACAGAAAUUCCGAACACCUUUGUUGAAAUAAUAAAUGACUGCAUAGUUGCAAACAAGGCAGUAGUUAUUGUCAAAGGUCUCGACGAAUGGCCCAAUGAGUUUCAGAGGCAGUAUGGUACUAUUGAUCUGUAUUGGAUUGUAAGAGAUGGAGGUCUCAUGCUUCUUCUUUCUCAACUCCUCCUCACUAAGGAAAGCUUUGAAAGUUGUAAAAUUCAAGUUUUCUGCAUUGCGGAGGAGGACACUGAUGCAGAGGGGCUCAAGGCUGAUGUGAAGAAGUUUCUGUAUGAUCUUCGAAUGCAUGCAGAAGUCAUAGUUGUAACCAUGAAAUCGUGGGAUAUGCAAGCAGACAAUGGGGCUCCUCAAGAUGAAUCUGUGGAGGCGUAUAAUGCUGCUCAAAAGCGGAUAGCUGAUUACUUGGCUGAGAUGAAGUCAACAUCUAAGAAACAUGGGACUCCGCUGAUGGCGGAUGGGAAACAGGUAAUUGUGAAUGAGCAGCAGGUGGAGAAGUUUCUUUACACUACUCUGAAGUUAAAUUCGACAAUACUCAGAUACUCAAGAAUGGCUGCAGUUGUACUCGUUAGCUUACCUCCUCCUCCAGUCAACCACCCAGCAUACUUCUACAUGGAAUACAUGGACUUGUUGGUGGAGAAUGUGCCUAGACUUCUGAUUGUGAGAGGAUACCGUAGGGAUGUUGUAACUCUAUUCACAUAGUUUCAGGGGACUGCAACGUGGGACCGUACAUUGCCACAUUCGGUUAUUGUUCAUAUCCUUUCUUUUUGAAUUUUUGUAGUUUAAUUUUACAUUCAUUCUUUUACCAUUGUUCAUUCUAG